AUGGAGGGCCGUAAGCAGGGAAGGCCGGAGGAGGAGCUCUUCCUGCGAUAUGAUACAGGCCCGGCCACGCCCACAGUCGGGCCCCUGAGAAUACAGAAGCAGUCGCCGACGUCGAAGAGCCCGCCGCCGCGAACAGACUCGGCUGGCAACGCGAGCAAGCCGCCAGCUUUCUCGCGCCCACCGCCCAUGCCCUCGUUUCCCGCGCCGCCUUCGAGUCCGCCCACCGUCCCGCCUCCCACCGCGCCUCUCCCGUAUCCCGUAGACAACGAGCCGCCUGUGCUCAGCCAGGGCAGAUACACGCCGCUCAGUGAGCGCGAGCGACCCGCAAGGAACGCGACCCCGCCACAGCCAGACGGCCGCAGACGAAGCUCAAACGCAGCGCCAAUCCCCUUGUCGCCGGAAUCGCGCGCUCGAUUCGACGCAAACGACCCAAACAGACCGAGCGUGGGCGGAUAUGGCGGGUCGAUCCAGCCCUCGCGGCUGGCCGAGCGACGAGGCACAGCGCCCAAGCCGCUCCCAGACUCGCCCGGUCCAGAAACACCCGACAAGGACGGGCUGUUUGCAAAAGCCCCGCAGAGGAAGGGCAGCACAGAGCCGAACCCGUUCCCCGAGUACCACCAGCAGUACUGGCCUCCGCCGAAUGCGAACACUAGCGCGGGCGCAUCCUCGAGCCAGCCGGUGCCGCAGGCACUCAGCAUCCCCAACCCCGGAGGCAUCAACCGUCUGAGCUCGACAGCAUCGACAUCCACCGUGAAAGCACAGCGCGGCUCGCCCCCACCCCCCGAGACGCCCAUCAUUCCACCGCCUGGCGGCGGCAUUGAAGCGCGAUUUGCAGCUGCUGGAAUAGCGGGGACGUCGACUUUGACGAGCCUGCAGGCGCAGAGCGCUCAAAAUGCGGCAGCUGCGCAAAGAAACCAAGUCUAUGCGAACCAGCAGCCUCGACCGGUCAUCAGCUCGCCUCAGCACCAGCAGCAGCAGCCCAUUCAGAGGCCUUGGACUCCAACAGAACAGCCAGGGCAGACACCCUAUGGCCAGCCACAAGUGUAUCAGGGAAUGGGUGAGGCACAACCCGGCGCUACCAGCACGCCUCCCCAAGGCCCUCUUCCACAAGCACCAAGUGGUGUGGGCAACGUGUCUUCGCCGCCUCCCAGCAGCAUGAGACCAGAGCAUCCUCUGACGCAGGAUAUGGGUCGUAUGACCGUAAACGAUGAGCCACCGCCAUCGUACUCGAGCAUCCAGCAGGCAAACGCCCAACAAGCACAGCGACACGCGAACGAGAAGGGACAACAACCACAGCCCGCUCCCCAGGGCGUCUCGUUGACAGAUCCAAUGCAGGGCCACCCUGCCUUUGCAAACGAUCCGCGGCCUCAACAGGCAGGUCCGUCACAGCCCGCAGAGGUCGUCUCGCCAACCCCAACAGCACAACAGGCUCUGCCCCAGAUCCAGACAUCCCAACCAGCCCACACCCCGAGUCCUGCUCCAGGGGCCGGUCCAGCGUCCCCUCCACCUCUUCCCGAGGGGUGGAUUGCACACCUGGAUUCGUCUUCUGGCCAGUACUACUACAUUCAUCUCCCUACACAAUCCACGCAGUGGGAAUUCCCCAAAGGCCCUACCCCACUGAAUCUCAACGAGCCGUUGUCUCCGACAGGCACCUUUGUCAACCCUCUAGCAUCACCAUCCUUUGGCAAACAGCCUCUGGCAUCGCCUGGAUUUCCAACGCAGACGGUCGGCUACUCUAGCGACUUCGGCAUGGCGCCACUCGCGACACCAACUGCAGCAGGCUUCACCGGACCACCCCCGACGGCGGGCGUCGACACAUACAAGGUACAGCCCACAAAUGGCGUGUACUUUGGGCCUUAUCUCAGAUACACAAACAUGGAUCUUGAGCGAGGAUUGUGGCUUGGAUCGAUUCUGCUCGUCUCAAACACCCCACAUCCUCCGACGAUCCACAUCCACCAGAGUCAAGACCUGUCGCCGAACCCUCGACAGCUCAAGGCAAACCCCAUUUACACUCAUCAAACAUGGAUCUUCUACCGAUACGACAUCGACUUGAAAAUGGACGAAGAGCAUGCAGCUAGAUGGACUUAUGCCAUUACCUCGCAUCUCGGCUGCACUCGCUACGAGUUCCUGGUCGCCGGCCGCCACGAGACGAGCUGGAGAUUUAUCGCUCAUUCCGGCAACGAUUUCGCGCUGAACGUGAGCGCCAACGAGCGCACCAAGCUCGGCGGCAUAGGCCUCAUGUGGAAAGAUAUCCUGCAAAAGAACACAGAGUGCGGAGGUUUCCAUGUCCAACUGGGUCUUGGCGGCCAGAUCUACGCGGACAGGUUGUGGAAAGAAAUUCCUCUGUUGAAGCAGUGGACUGCCACCAGCGGGAAAGAAGCACGCAAAAACGCCCCUUGGACAGCAAAGCAUGAAGAGGAAGUUUGCCAUGCCUACUUCCAUUACUACACGAGCCACUUUGACCAGCCGAACCUAAGAGAAGCGUUCGCUCAAAUCCCCCACGUCCUUUCGCUCGACGAUCAUGACAUCUUUGAUGGCUUUGGCUCAUACCCAGAGUAUAUGCAAUUCUCGAAUAUGUUCAAGAACAUCGGGCGCCUUGGUAUUGAAAUGUACCUGCUGUUCCAGCACCACACUACGCUGGAGAUCCUUCGCAAUGUCAGCAGCGACAUUGAUCUCUUCACCGUUACUGGCACCGGCUGGCAUUUCAUCAAGUACCUCGGCCCAUGCGUCACAGUCGUGGGACCCGACUGCCGUUCUGAGCGCAACCCGCAUCAGGUCAUGGCCGGACCGACAUACCAAGGCAUAUUCCCCAAGGUUGCAACACUGCCGCCGAGCGUGCAGCACUGCAUCUGGAUGGUGCCGGUGCCAAUUGUCUAUCCCCGCCUGGAGUCUGUCGAGCAUCUUGCUCACUCCAUGGCGACCGGCAAGAAGGCAGUUACUGGCACUUUCAAUAUGCUUGGCAAGGUUACUGCCGGUGUUGCUGGCGUUGUUGGAGCAAAGAGUGUAGUUGGCGACGGCUUCAACUCAAUCAAGAAGGCUGUUGGCAAGUCUGGCCUGAUGAGCGGCGUUCUGAGUCCAUUUGGAGAGAUUGAUCUGCUUGACGAGCUGAGAGAUAUGUGGACUCAUGAAUCAAAGGAUCUUGAGCGCACAUACUUGAUUCGCACACUUCAAGGCAUCGCUCAUAACAAGUCAUUGCGUAUGACAUUUUUCUCGGGAGCUGUCGACUGUUGCGGUGCUGGACUUGUGCAUGACCCAGCGAGGCCGCAGGACCACAAGACCAUGUACCAAAUCAUCUCAUCCUCUGUGGUCAACGGACCUCCCGGCAACUACGUGCUCCGACUGUUGCAUAACAACCGUGCGCUAUACGUACCGCAGAACGGUCAUCGCAGCAAUCACCAGCCUUCAGAUACCAAGGAAGACAUGAUGGAGAUCUUCACGCAGGACGUAAAUGGCCAGCCCCGCGAAUACCGGCGCCUCAUGGGCCGCAGAAACUACGUCGCCUGUGUCAUUUACGAUCCCGAGAUUGUCAACGGUACAUUCGGGCAAGCAAUGCCUGGAAACGGCGGCGGGAGAUUGAGCCUGGCGGUGGACUUUAUGGUGCAGAACGAUGGUGGCUACAGUGCGCCGAUGAAGUAUGGACCAGUCAUUGUGCCGAGCUUGGAGUACGGAAGGUGA